CAGGAGGCCAUGGACCGAAGAAAGCCCAGGUGCUCCCGGCAUGCCGCGCGGUGGCUGAGUUUGAAACUGUCUACAUUCCCUGCUCCAAAAUGAGCGCCUCGCAGCUACCCCCGACGUGGCAGCUCUACCAGCUAGAUACCCGCAUCUCUACCUUCCAGAACUGGCCUUUCACGGAGGAUUGCGCCUGCACCCCGAAGCGGAUGGCUGAAGCUGGGUUCAUCCAUUGCCCAAGUGAAAAUGAGCCUGAUUUAGCCCAGUGCUUCUUCUGUUUCAAGGAACUAGAGGGUUGGGAGCCAGAGGAUGAUCCUAUGUUGGAACAUAAAAAGCACGCACCUAGCUGUGCCUUCAUCAGCAUUAAGAAGAAGAUUGAAGAUUUAACACUCGAAGAGUUUCUGAAAUUGGACAAAGAAAGAGCCAAAAACAUGAUUGUAAAGGAAACCUCCCGGAAAAGAACUGAAUUUGAAGAGCGUGCAAAGGAAGUACGGCGUGCCAUUGAGCAACUGGCUGCAUUGGAAUAACUCCUCUCUCCUUGAUAUCUUAUCCCACAGCUUAAUCAGUAUUUUGUAGGCCUAUUCUCCAAAUAUUCAUGUGGAACUGCUUAAUGAUGCCUUACAACAGAGGAGAACUUUGGAAAUUUGAGUUAGAUUUCAUCAGCUAUUUUUUGCUUGAAGAUGGUGCCAGGUGCAGCUUGAUUUCAUCUUGUCCAGCUAGUGUCUAUGGCGUUGGUGACUUCUAUCUUUUUCUGAACUAUUUUUGUAUUUUUAUAUUGCUUCCCCCUGACCUUGCCAGGUACUAGAUAGAAACCUGGUGAGAGGUAGAAGGGACUAACAGCACUGAAUCCAUUCUCAUAUUGCUAUUCAUGACUGACAAACUUUCUCAUAGCUAGUACUGUUAUAGUAACCAUUUGUUGUCUGAUUUUCUAUCUCUACAUCCUGGGAUUUGAGGGUAAAAAUGUUCUGUUUGUGGGUGAAUUCAUAAUCCCAUGGUAAAUAUACAAUUGGUUCAUUAAGGAUGCCAUAUUUUUAUACUUUGUAUAAUACUACUUUGGAUUUAUAUUGUACCACUUUUACAUUGUACAUAAAGCAAUUUGAAUAUUAGUUCAUUUAUCAUAAUGACCUUUUGAAGGUACUGUUUGUUGCCUUUGUUUUAUCCUAUCAGGAAUAUGAAUGCUUCCCACACAAGACCUGAACAAAAUCGCAUCACUUAACAAAACCUUUGAAUGAUGCCAUGUAUUUUAUAGAUUAGCAGUUUGGCUAUUUGUAGCAAUACCCAUUUUUUGUAUAAGUACUAGUAAAUACAUUUUAUGAUUCAACAAUCUCAAAUACAGAGAAAUAAUGCCUUAAAAAAAACCCCAGCACUCAUUCUCUUAGUUGAUGUUUGUAAUUGAGUCUCUUUCAAAUAGCUGCAGCAUCGUAAAAGGUACGAAGAGUACUCUCCUGCUUUGAUUUCAUUUGUUAAAAGAAGCUAAUUACAAUGGAAAAGUUGCACAACCUCUGCAAAAUCAAAUUCCCAUAAUGCCAAACAAGCCUUUUCCAAGGUCUGGGCACACUGCUGUUCUUUCCCCCCAGAACAAUUCCCAAAGUACCUAGUACUUUACAUGGGAGUAUGUCUGUGGAUAAUGGUGGUGAUGGAUAGUAUGGAAUAUUUGAAAUGUGUCUAGUGAGGACUGCUUUAUGUUAUUGUUUCUAUUACUUUUUCAGUAAUGAUUAAAACUAAGCAGGUCAGUA